AUGCCAGGGGGAAAGCGAGGGCUGGUGGCACCGCAGAACACUUUUUUGGAAAAUAUUGUCAGGCGAUCAAGUGAAACCAGCUUCCUGCUUGGGAACGCCCAGAUUGUGGAGUGGCCAGUAGUGUACAGUAAUGACGGAUUCUGCAAGCUGUCAGGGUACCACAGAGCCGAAGUGAUGCAGAAGAGCAGCACGUGCAGUUUUAUGUACGGAGAGCUGACUGACAAGAAGACAAUAGAAAAAGUCAGACAGACCUUUGAUAGCUAUGAGUCCACUUGCUUUGAAGUCCUAUUGUACAGAAAGAACAGGACUCCUGUCUGGUUCUAUAUGCAGAUCGCACCCAUCCGGAACGAGAACGACAAGGUGGUCUUGUUCCUGUGCACUUUCAAAGACAUCACUGUCUUCAAGCAGCCCAUUGAGGACGAGUCCACCAAGGGAUGGACCAAGUUUGCGCGACUGACACGGGCACUGACCAACAGCCGAAGCACUCUGCAGCAGCUCACGCCCAUGAACAAGACCGAGGUCAGCCACAAGCACUCGCGACUCGCAGAGGCUCUCCAGCUGGGCUCAGACAUCCUGCCCCAGUACAAGCAGGAGGCUCCCAAGACACCCCCCCACAUCAUCCUGCACUACUGCACCUUCAAGACCACCUGGGACUGGGUCAUCCUCAUCCUCACCUUCUACACGGCCAUCAUGGUGCCCUACAACGUGUCCUUCAAGACCAAGCAGAACAACAUCGCCUGGCUGGUGCUGGACAGCGUGGUGGACGUCAUCUUCCUGGUGGACAUCGUGCUCAACUUCCACACUACGUUUGUGGGCCCCGGCGGGGAGGUGAUCUCCGACCCCAAGCUCAUCCGCAUGAACUAUCUCAAGACCUGGUUCGUCAUAGACCUGCUGUCCUGCCUGCCCUAUGACAUCAUCAAUGCCUUUGAGAAUGUGGAUGAGGACCCACUUUUGGACAUCUCGUCAGUCGGGCAUCUGCGAGAGACGGCUAAUCCGCAGAGAAAUGCCACCCGGGCAGAAGACUCUGUACUCCCGGGGAUCAGCAGUCUGUUCAGCUCACUGAAAGUGGUGAGGCUGCUGCGUCUGGGCCGGGUGGCCCGGAAACUGGACCAUUACCUGGAGUACGGGGCGGCCGUGCUGGUCCUGCUAGUGUGCGUCUUCGGGCUGGUGGCCCAUUGGCUGGCCUGCAUCUGGUACAGCAUCGGCGACUACGAGGUCAUCGACAAGGUCACCAACACCAUUAAGACGGACAGUUGGCUCUACCAGUUGGCCACCAGCAUCGGCUCGCCCUACUACUACAACACCAGCGGCCCCGGCCAAUGGGAGGGGGGCCCCAGCAAAGACUCGCUCUACAUCACCUCCCUCUACUUCACCAUGACCAGCCUUACGACCAUCGGCUUCGGGAACAUAGCGCCCACCACGGACGGGGAGAAGAUCUUCUCGGUGGCCAUGAUGAUGGUGGGCUCCCUCCUGUAUGCAACUAUUUUUGGGAAUGUCACCACCAUCUUCCAGCAGAUGUAUGCCAACACAAACCGCUACCAUGAGAUGCUCAACAACGUGCGUGACUUCCUGAAGCUCUACCAGGUCCCUAAAGGACUUAGCGAGAGGGUCAUGGACUACAUCGUCUCCACCUGGUCCAUGACCAAGGGCAUCGACACUGAGAAGGUGCUGUCUAUCUGUCCCAAGGACAUGAGGGCGGACAUCUGCGUCCACCUGAACCGCAAGGUCUUCAACGAGCAUCCCGCCUUCCGGCUGGCCAGCGACGGCUGCCUGCGCUCCCUGGCGGUGGAGUUUCAGACCAUCCACUGCGCCCCGGGGGACCUCAUCUUCCACGCCGGGGAGAGCGUGGACACCCUGUGUUUUGUGGUGUCGGGGUCCCUGGAGGUCAUCCAGGACGACGAGGUCAUAGCCAUUCUAGGUAAAGGGGACGUUUUUGGGGACGUCUUCUGGAAGGAAACAACCUUGGCCCAUGCGUGUGCCAAUGUCCGGGCCCUGACCUACUGUGACCUGCAUGUCAUCAAGAGAGAGGCUCUGCUGAAGGUGCUGGAGUUCUACACCGCCUUCGCCAACUCCUUCUCACGCAACCUCAUCCUCACCUGCAACCUGCGCAAACGGAUAAUAUUCAGGAAGAUCAUAGACGUGAAGAAGGAGGAGGAGGAAAGGCAGCGGCAGAAGAACGAGGUGACGCUCACCAUCCCGGUGGACCAUCCCGUCCGGAAGCUUUUCCAGAAGUUCAAGCAGCAGAAGGAGCUGCGCAACCAGGGCUCCACCCAGCUGGACCUGGAGAAGAACCAGCUACAGGCGGAGCACCAGCUCAAUGCCCACUCCAACCAGCACCACCCGCUCCAGCACCCACACCCCAUGCAGAACGGGGCCCCCGCCACCGGCAGCAGCAGCGUGGUCACCGUCUCCCAGAUCACCCCCAUCCAGAACUCGCUGGUGUACAUCAAGACCAGCGAGCCCAGCAAGCAGAACAACCGGGACAUCAUGGAGCUGAAGCCCAGCCUGACCGUCGCCGACCAGAACUGCCUGAAGGUCACCAGCCCCAUGCGGCUCAAGCCGGCCAGCAACCGCGGCUGGAUGCGGCUCAAAAACAACAUGGCGGCCCCCGAGGAGAAGAAGGAGGACUGGAACAACGUCUCCAAAGCCGGGUCCAUGGAGCUCCUCUCAGACGACGGCAGGAGCCAGGACUCGGAGGGCAGGGGCGGCGCGGGGGACGAGAAGACCUCCCUGCGCAAGACGGGGUCUUGCGACAGUGGCAUUACCAAGAGCGACCUGCGCAUAGACAAAGCGGGGGAGGCGCGGAGCCCCCUGGACCACAGUCCUCUGGAGCACAGCCCCGCUCCGGUGGAGACGCGACACCCCUUCUACCCCAUCCCCGAGCAGGCCUUGCACACCACACUACAGGAGACCAAGCUGGAACUCAAGGAGGACAUUCAGACCCUCAGCGGCCGAAUGGCCACUCUGGAGUCGCAGGUGGCUGAGAUCUUGAAACUUCUGUCCGAGAGGAGGAAGCCACCGCAGACUUCUGCUCCCAAAACCAAAAUCAAACGGCAGGACAUUUUCACUGUCUCCAGACCAGUCACACCUGACUCAGAGAAGGAUGAUGGACAGUUUUGA